UAGCGCCGCCAGUCUCCAGCAGGUGUUCAACAUGGCGAUCACGGGGAGCGGAUCUCUGGCUUUUUCUCUCUCUCUUGUCGUGAUUUCAGCCGCGUUUCUUCUCAAAGGAGCUGCUGAAGUCGUAACAGUGGAAGAUCAGAACCUGGCAACGGACAACGUGUCUGUGAUCGAGGGCGAGACGGCCACCAUCAGCUGCAGAGUGAAGAACAACGACGACUCGGUCAUCCAGCUCCUCAACCCCAACAGGCAGACCAUCUACUUCAAGGAUGUCAGACCUCUGAAGGACAGCCGGUUCCAGCUGGUGAAUUUCUCUGACAACGAGCUGCGGGUGUCCCUGUCCAACGUGUCACUCUCCGACGAGGGACGCUACGUUUGCCAGCUCUACACGGAUCCUCCCCAGGAAGCCUACGCAGACAUCACUGUCUUGGUUCCUCCAGGCAAUCCGAUCAUCGACAGCCGCGAGGACGUGGUCAGUGAAGGCAACGAGACGGAGCUCACCUGCACGGCCAUCGGCAGCAAACCAGCCGCCUCCAUCAGGUGGAUGAAAGGAGACCAAGAACUGACAGGUGAGACGACGGUGGAGGAGACGUACGACAGGACAUUCAUCGUCACCAGUCGAGUCCGGUUUUCCGUCAGCAAAGAGGACGACGGUGCACCGGUGGACUGCGUCAUCGACCAUCCAGCUGUGAAGGACCUGCUGGCUCAGAGACACCUGGAAGUGAUGUAUAAACCAGAGGUGAAGAUCGUGGUGACGUAUCCUGAAGGUUUAACCAGAGAAGGGGACAAUUUAGAUUUGACGUGCAUCGCUGAAGGAAAACCACAUCCUCAUCAGAUAAACUGGCUCAGGGUGGACGAGGACGUGCCGCCUCACGCCGUGGUCACCGGCUCUGAUCUCUACAUCGAGAACCUCAACAAGUCCUACAACGGCACGUAUCGCUGCGUCGCGUUCAACACGGUGGGCGAGGCCUACGACGACUACAUCCUCUAUGUGUACGGGGUGUCAAACAUACGGCGAAAUCCUAAUCCUCCUAAACUUGACCAGGCCGUUCAACCUAAAGGGAACUCUCUGAAAGUCACUUGGGUCAAGCAGGAUGACGGCGGCUCGCCCAUUUUAUAUUAUCUGGUCCGAUAUAAACCUGAAGUGUGA